CAUACAUGUGGUUACUGAUCACAAUAACGAUUGUGGUUUCAUUUCUGCCAGUGUUUUCAAACAAACCUUGGCAUUUCAUAAGUGUGUUGCAUGUUCGCAAAGGAUCCUGUUGGUUUACAGUACAAAAAUGAUCAGAAUUGAAAGUUGGAUUUGUUUUCAGCUCAAACACAGAUCGCGACAAGUGAACUUGGGAACAUUGUUAUUACCGAUUUUAUUCCUGACUUUCGGCUGUUCUGCCACUAUGGCCCCUUCAAUGGAGAGAUGGUCAGGAAAAAUAGCUGUUGUAACAGGAGCCAGUGCUGGCAUAGGAGCUUCUAUUGCAGAACACCUGGUCGAACAUGGAGUUAAGGUAAUUGGACUUGCAAGAAGAGUUGAGCGUAUCGAAGCCCUCGCUGAUAAAUUGAAAACGAAGAAAGGUUCUCUGCAUGGUAUGAAGGUGGACGUCACUCAAACUAAGCAGAUAACUGAUGCUUUCAAAAAAAUUGACGAAGAGUACGGUCCUGUUAGUAUAAUGGUCAAUAAUGCGGGCGUAUUCGAAGACACAACUUUGUGCGAUGGUGACGUAGAAAAAUGGAGGAAAACUUUUGAAAUCAAUGUUAUUGCUCUCUGCACCGCUACUAGGGAAGCAGUGAGAAGCAUGAAGAAGCACAAGAUUAAUGGUCAUAUAAUUCAUAUAAACAGCGUGGCUGGACAUAGGCCAAUAGGUUACGUUGGAGAAAAUGUUUAUCCAGCAUCCAAAUACGCUGUAACUGCACUGACAGAAUCGCUAAGGAUAGAAUUGAAAGCAGAUACCAAGAUUAAAGUAACGAGCAUAAGCCCAGGACUAGUGAGAUCCACAGAAAUAUUCCAAGCUUCUGGUGCGGAAAUUCAGGAAAUUAACGAUACAGAGUUGGAAAAUGCAGCUUUGAAUCCUGAAGACGUCAGCCAUGCUGUAGUUUAUGCUUUAUCAACUCCGCCACACGUUCAGGUUCAUGAAUUGAUGCUGAAGCCAAUAGGGUCAGAUGUUUGAAAUUCAACUCAUUUUGAAUCGUUUCGUUUAAUAUCAAUCAAAUUUUUGUGAAAUUUUAUUAUAAAUAGGUACAUGA